UUCCUAGAGCCGCUUGCGGCGUGACUUUGAGCGCUUCAAGCUAAAGAACUGGCUGCUGAGCGGCUCUGGGGCCGGGAGACCUCCGAGCUUGUGCCGAGCUGCCAUGAAGCUGCUGGGGGCCGCUGCCGCUGCAGCGGCUCGGGGUUGUGGGCCGCUCGCUGGGGCCCCAUCCGUCUGGGGCUGGCGGUGCCGGCAGGUUAAGUGGAAGGCCUGCAGAUGGUGUUCUUCAGGGGUGAUUCCUAAUGAAAAAAUACGAAAUAUUGGAAUUUCAGCACAUAUUGAUUCAGGGAAAACUACAUUAACAGAACGAGUGCUUUACUACACCGGCAGAAUUGCAAAAAUGCAUGAGGUGAAAGGUAAAGAUGGAGUUGGUGCUGUUAUGGAUUCCAUGGAAUUGGAGCGACAAAGAGGAAUCACUAUUCAGUCAGCUGCCACUUACACCAUGUGGAAAGAUGUCAAUAUCAACAUUAUAGAUACUCCUGGACAUGUGGACUUCACUAUAGAAGUUGAAAGGGCCCUUCGAGUGUUGGAUGGAGCGAUUCUCGUCCUCUGCGCCGUUGGAGGGGUGCAGUGCCAGACCAUGACUGUUAAUCGUCAGAUGAAGCGCUACGGUGUUCCCUUUCUGACUUUCAUCAACAAACUGGACCGAAUGGGCUCUAACCCAGCCAGGGCCCUGCAGCAAAUGAGGUCUAAACUUAGCCAUAAUGCAGCAUUUGUGCAGCUACCCAUUGGUUUGGAGGGCGCGUUUAAGGGAAUUAUAGAUCUUAUUGAGGAACGAGCCAUCUAUUUUGAUGGAGACUUUGGUCAAACUGUUCGAUAUGGGGAAAUUCCUGCAGAAUUCAGGGCAGCAGCAGCUGACCACCGGAAGGAGCUGAUAGAAUGUGUUGCCAAUUCCGAUGAACAGCUUGGUGAGAUGUUCCUUGAAGAAAAAGUCCCUUCAGUUUCUGACUUAAAGCUUGCAAUUCGAAGAGCUACUCUAAAUAGAUCGUUUACUCCUGUCUUUUUGGGAAGUGCCUUGAAGAACAAAGGAGUUCAGCCUCUUUUAGAUGCUGUUUUAGAAUACCUCCCAAAUCCAUCAGAGGUCCAGAAUUACGCUAUUCUCAAUCAGGAGGAUGACUCAAAAGAGAAAACCAAAAUCUUAAUGAACUCAAAAAGAGACAGUUCCCACCCAUUUGUAGGCCUGGCUUUUAAACUGGAGGCAGGUCGAUUUGGACAGUUAACUUAUGUCCGCAAUUAUCAAGGAGAGCUGAAGAAGGGCGAUACCAUCUAUAACACAAGGACAGGAAAGAAGGUGCGGGUACAGCGGCUGGUGCGCAUGCACGCGGACUCGAUGGAGGAUGUUGAACAAGUGUUUGCAGGAGACAUCUGUGCAUUGUUUGGCAUUGACUGUGCUAGUGGAGACACAUUCACAAACAGAGACAGUAGUGGCCUGUCUAUGGAGUCAAUUCAUGUUCCUGAGCCUGUCAUUUCAAUAGCGAUGAAGGCUUCUAACAAGAAUGACCUGGAAAAAUUUUCAAAGGGUAUUGGCAGGUUUACAAGAGAAGAUCCCACAUUUAAAGUCCACUUUGACACGGAGAGCAAAGAGACCAUUGUCUCUGGCAUGGGAGAGUUACACUUGGAGAUCUAUGCACAGAGGUUGGAAAGAGAAUACGGCUGCCCUUGUAUCACAGGAAAGCCAAAAGUGGCUUUCAGGGAGACCAUUACUGCCCCUGUCCCGUUUGAGUUUACACAUAAAAAGCAAUCAGGUGGUGCAGGCCAGUUUGGAAAAGUGAUAGGUGUACUGGAGCCGCUGGACCCAGAGAACUACACUAAGUUGGAGUUUUCAGAUGAAACAUUUGGAUCAAAUGUUCCAAAGCAGUUUGUGCCUGCUGUAGAGAAGGGAUUUUUGGAUGCCUGUGAGAAGGGCCCUCUCUCUGGUCACAAACUUUCCGGAGUCCGAUUUAUCCUGCAAGAUGGAGCGCAUCACAUGGUUGAUUCCAAUGAAAUCUCUUUCAUCCGAGCAGGAGAAGGUGCUCUCAAACAAGCCUUGGCAGAUGCAACAUUAUGUAUUCUUGAACCUAUAAUGUCUGUGGAAGUUGUAGCCCCAAAUGAAUUUCAGGGAGCAGUGAUUGCAGGAAUUAAUCGGCGCCAUGGGGUAAUCACGGGACAAGAUGGAAUUGAGGAUUAUUUCACACUGUAUGCAGAUGUCCCGCUAAAUGAUAUGUUUGGUUAUUCCACUGAAUUAAGAUCAUGUACAGAGGGAAAGGGAGAAUACACAAUGGAGUAUUGCAGAUAUCAGCCAUGUUCACCAUCCACACAAGAAGACCUCAUUAAUAAAUAUUUGGAAUCUACGGGUCAACUUCCAGUAAAAAAAGGAAAAGCCAAAAACUAAUUUUCCUCACUUUAGGUUAACUGACUUGAACUGAACUGCAAAGUUUAGAUACUUUCAUAGAUUCCAGUGGAAUGAAUUCAGACUGAAAUAAGAAAAUUUAGAAGCUCUUCCUAUUAUUUUGAGGAGCUAUUACUAUAGUGUAUGUCUGUAUGUAGCAUCUCAACACCAUUGAUUUGGUUUUAGAAUUCAGUGAAGAAAUAUAUAUUUAAUAUUUAUUUAAGGAGGAAAGAGACUAAUUUCAAUUAAGGUUAAAAUGUGUAUAAAAUUUCCAGAUGUACCAUACGGAUUUUCAACAAAAGAAAUGAAAAAAGUACAAAGAACCACCAUAUACUUCCAUCUUGACUCCAGAGUGAACAAUUUUGUUCACAGUUUAUUAGAUAAAUAUCCAUCAUCCAUCUCUCCAUGUCUUAUACGCGUAUAUUUUUUAAAUUUUAAAAAAUUAUUGUUUUGCUGAAUACUUGGGUAAAUUGCUUGUAUCACAACUUCUUGGGAUAUAAUCUCUUAACGGAAGGCAUUUUUGUAUGAUUGGAUUACAUGCGGUUUUGAGAAAGGAUGUUUUUCAAAUUCUUCACUGUGAUAUUAAAAGGCUAGCUAGAUUUCCAGCUUUUUAUAUAUAACUGAUGGUAUCAAAUUGUGGCUUCUGCAAACUUACUUCAUGCUCUUAGGAAUACUCCUGAGAGUAUAAAAUGGGUUUCUUACAGAUAUAUGGAGUGAAAAAUGAA